UGGUUUUUGGCGCUUCCACCCAAGCAAAAGUUCCGGUGGCUCCUAUUCCUCGUAGACAAGUCGACCAUAUUAAAAGCUGGUUUAACAGCGCUUGCUCAAGGUCCUGUGUGACCAUAACCCAACAAGGUUCAAAAGCACUCUUCCGACUUUAGAGCCAGCCGCCCAAAUUGAGACAGAAUGAUGCACCCUCAGACCAAGAACAAGUACAAAAUCUCGUUAACAGCGGUGUUGAACGAUGAGUACGAGAGUCCUUUCUCCCUAUCAGAUUUUGAGAAAUUCGUUCAAAAGGAACAUUCAGAGGAAAACCUCGCAUUCUGGCACUCUAUAAUGCGAUACCGGGAAAACGCCUCAAAGGUCUUUCAAAACUGUCCCAGUACCCUUCGCACCCGUCGAACGGGCUCCCACAGCUCAGUACGAAGCAUGUCCUCUGUCUUCAACUCAACGGCAUCCCUCCAAAACCGAACAGCAACAGGCAGUGUACACGGAUCUGAAGAACCACUUUCAGAGGACAAGGAAAGGGAACUAGCCGCCCUCAAAGAUGAGAUUGAAAUGAUUGUAACAUUGUACAUGAUGCCUGGAAGUGAUAAGGAAGUGAACCUGCCAGCUGCAAUUCGCAAAAAGGUGCUGGUAGAUAUCAACGAAAAGAAAAACUAUCAUCCAGAUGUUUUUAAACAUGUCUUGGAACAUACAUACAUGAUGAUGAAAACAUCAACGUAUCCAAACUUUUAUCGGCACGCUUGUCACUACCUUCAGCAAAAGAACCUUCCAUUCCCCGAGAAACGCCCUCAAGAGAGGGAGUCUGCUGCAGCGGUAGCAAAGGACGUACCAGCACCGCAAAGAGAUAGUGCUACGGCUCAGUAACAUGGUGAGAGAAAGGGAAUAUCUGUGUCGAAUAGCAAAUAUCCAUAGUUGAUGAUGCCCUGAACCCAUCGAUCCAAUCUAUUUCGUGAAAUGUGAUUUUGGGUUGCUAGAGGUAGAUGAGCGGGCCCUUUUUUUUUGUUUACACAUAGUGCAACACUCUAGAAAAUAAGAGUGAAGUUGUUGCAACACGACUCUGUUGGUGAACAGCAGGUUUUGACAGCACUUGCAAAAAGAAGAUACUCUCCAAGUUUCUUGGUCAUGAUACAUAUACAUGUUGGGGACUUUCAAAAAAGUGAUCAACAAGGAUUUUUCCGUUUAAAUACAUUUUUUCCCAAA